CGGCGGGGGCGGCGGCUGAAACCAUGUCCGGGCAGCGCCGGGGGCCGCCGCCGCCGCGAGCCGGGAGCCGCGAUGGCCCGGUGGCCCGCACCGCCUCCGCCUCCGCCGCCGCCGCCGCCGCUCGCCGCGCCGCCGCCGCUGCCCGGCGCCUCCGCUAAGGGGCCGCCGGCGCGCAAGCUGCUCUUCAUGUGCACCCUGUCCCUGUCCGUCACCUACCUGUGCUACAGUCUGCUGGGCGGCUCUGGCUCUCUGCAGUUCCCCCUGGCGCUGCAGGAGCCCCCGGGAGCCGCCGCGGAGCCCCCGCCGAGCCCGCCGUCUUCCUCGCCGCCGCCGCCCCGCGUGCGCCCCGGCGCCUCCUCGCCACUGCCGGACAACGCGAGCCACGGGCCGCCGCCCGAGCCCCCCGAGCGCUUCACGGCACCCGCGGCCGACGGCUGGGGACUGGCGAGCGGCGGCGGCGCCCGGGACACCUGGUCCCGGAGCCCACCGGCCCCAGGAGACACGGUCACAGCACAGGGCGCGCUGCUGGGGCGCGGGGCGCAGGAGCCGGGCGCCACUGAGGAGCUGGCAGGCCCGAGGGCGACCAACGCGAGUGCGGAGCGGGGACCCGUCAGCACCCCUGAUUACGGGGAGAAGAAGCUGCCCCAGGCGUUGAUCAUCGGGGUCAAGAAAGGAGGCACGCGCGCACUGCUCGAGGCUAUCCGCGUCCACCCGGACGUGCGGGCCGUGGGUGUAGAGCCGCACUUCUUCGACAGGAACUACGAGAAGGGGCUGGAGUGGUACAGAAAUGUGAUGCCCAAGACAUUGGAUGGGCAGAUAACCAUGGAGAAGACCCCCAGUUACUUUGUGACAAAUGAGGCUCCCAAGCGCAUUCACUCUAUGGCCAAGGACAUCAAACUCAUUGUGGUGGUACGAAAUCCAGUGACCAGGGCCAUUUCUGACUAUACCCAAACACUAUCAAAGAAGCCAGAGAUCCCUACCUUUGAGGUGCUGGCCUUCAAAAACCGGACCCUGGGGCUGAUUGAUGCCUCGUGGAGUGCCAUUCGCAUUGGGAUCUAUGCUCUGCACCUGGAGAACUGGCUGCAGUACUUUCCCCUCUCUCAGAUCCUGUUUGUCAGUGGUGAGCGACUCAUAGUGGACCCUGCAGGGGAGAUGGCCAAAGUACAGGAUUUCCUAGGCCUCAAGCGUGUUGUUACUGAGAAGCACUUUUACUUCAACAAAACCAAGGGAUUUCCCUGCCUGAAGAAGCCAGAAGACAGCAGUGCCCCAAGAUGUUUGGGCAAGAGCAAAGGUCGGACUCAUCCCCGUAUUGACCCAGAUGUCAUCCACAGACUUCGGAAAUUCUACAAACCCUUCAACAUGAUGUUUUACCAAAUGACUGGUCAAGACUUUCAGUGGGAACAGGAAGAGGGUGAUAAGUGAGGCUGACAGUAUGGAGGGAAGGCUAAUAAAUAGCAAAGAUACUCUUUACCAGAGUCACAAAUACUCCAGGUUCUGAAGCUUCAGCCAUCUGAAGUGCCAAGUAGAUUGCCAACCUCAUCCAUUCAGGUUACCUCCAAUGUUGUGGGCUUAAGCAAAGGUAUAGAUCUUAUGGCAUCCCUAUGUAGGAACCAACUGUACCUGGUUGACCAGAUGUCCACCAGAAUCCACCACAAAUACUUAUCUUCUACUAGUUAAUAGAGUCUGAAAACAGGAUAAACAUCUUCCAGUGUCAUAGGCAUUUACUAUGAUAUUGAUGGGUGG